AACUACACUACCCAUCGCUAAAAAAUAUAAUAUCUAUUAAUUCUUUGAAAAGGAACAAAUCAGCUCGUACCAAACCCUAAUCGAGUUCAUCAACAAAAUUAAUGUAAACUAUGUGUUUAAAGCAAUAUUGCACUAUUUUCAAUGUUCAGCAAACGUAAAUUCGGCUCGCUAUGGGCCGGCUUCCGCAACGAGCAACAGGAAAAUGCGUCUGCCGAAGCUGGGCCAAGCGCUGCCAAGCAACAAUGUCAGGCCAAAUCACCAUUGGUGGAGUCCUCACAGCGGAAAAAUACUCCUUCCAAGUUCGAAAGCGCCUGGCAAAAGCUACAAAAUUCGAUGGAGACAGGCAGCAGUCCGAGACCAUCGCGUUGGGACACCACCAUUGCGACAUGUUCGCAGUUAUCGAACAUCAGUUGCCAGGAAAGGCCGCGUAAGUUCAAAGGUUUGGCACUCGGUUUAACCAACAGCUACACCAGACCCUCAAGCACACAAGGGGCCAACGAAACCCCGAACAAAUUAUCUUCGUCUCGAAAGAUAGCAGAACUUUGGAGCGAAUUAAGCGGCCGUUCAUUGAAUGAUUCGAGCCUAAUCGACGUAUCCGAUGACAGCUACAUUGAUGCAUCGCCAGUGACUCAACCGGUGCAGGGGCAAAACCAGCCUGUAACUCAACUAGUACCAACACAAACACAAAGCCAAUACCUGCCUCUCAGCUGCAAGAAGGCUGCUAGUCCAUACCGCAUGCCGCGUUGCGUUAAAGGAGGCUACGUGGAGGAGUUCAGGACAACGAUGAAGCGAGUUCGCAUGGAUCAGCGCCAUCUAAGAUACAGAAAGGCCAGCCACUCUGUCCACGUGCUGGAUGUCUCUACAGAGUUUGGCGUUCAUUUGGCCCAUGUAGAACCCGCCCCAGGGACAAACUGUGGAGAUUCAUCGUUUCAUAUUAUUCUACACUCCGACACUGCAGCUGCAGUUCGUGUGGGAUCGAGGCUAGAAUUAUACCUGGAUUCAAACAAGAAACCUCUUCAGUUACGAGACAAAGGACGGGUGUAUUCCCAGCCACACAAUAUUGUUAUAUUAUAGAGAGGAAAAAAGUCAUAGAAGAGAAAGGAAGGAUGGAUUAAUUUCAUUUAUAAGCUAGUGUAAAGUUGUAGCAAAAUAUCAGUCUUGUAAGAUUUAGAAUAUAAGUAUGAAUAUUUACCAGCACACAGACUUUUCGUGCAGAAUGCUAGCAUGGACGCGCUGUGCAAGGAAUCUUCAAUAAAGAAAGGAUUUCGUUAGUUGUCCCA